GAACGUGAUGCCCAAGACGCUGGACGGCCAGAUCACCAUGGAGAAGACCCCCAGCUACUUCGUGACCAACGAGGCCCCCAGGCGCAUUCACUCCAUGGCCAAGGACACGAAGCUGAUCGUGGUGGUGAGGAACCCGGUCACCCGGGCCAUCUCAGACUACACACAGACACUCUCCAAGAAGCCAGAGAUCCCGACUUUUGAGGUGCUGGCCUUCAAGAACCGGACCCUGGGGCUGAUUGAUGCCUCCUGGAGCGCAAUCCGCAUUGGGAUCUAUGCCCUGCACUUGGAGAACUGGCUCCAGUACUUCCCCCUCUCCCAAAUUCUUUUUGUCAGUGGCGAGAGGCUCAUCACUGACCCAGCCGGGGAAAUGGCCAAGGUCCAGGACUUCUUAGGCCUCAAGAGGAUUGUGACAGAGAAACAUUUUUAUUUUAAUAAAACCAAGGGAUUCCCCUGUCUAAAGAAGCCAGAGGACAGCAGUGCUCCCCGGUGCUUGGGCAAGUCCAAGGGUCGAACUCACCCCAAAAUAGACCCAGACGUCAUCCACAGACUGCGGAAAUUUUACAAACCCUUCAAUGUCAUGUUUUACCAAAUGACGGGCCAAGAUUUCCAGUGGGAGCAGGAAGAAAGUGAUAAGUAG